CGUGCACCAGCAGCCGCAAUGACAGCAGCUGCAGGGGCAGCCGGGCAGCCACCGGCAGCAGCGGAGUGACAGGAUCGCCCCUGCAAGAUGAACGCCUCACUGGACAGCAACCGCAGCAGCAGGCCCUUCUGUCUCCUGGCUGCUGGCUACCCAGAGACCCUGGACUUCUGCCUCCUGGAGGUGAUAAUCAUCGUCUUCCUUACUGCCCUCAUCAUCUCCGGCAACAUCGUUGUCAUCUUCGUCUUCCACUGCGCUCCGCUGCUCAACCACCACACCACCAGCUACUUCAUCCAGACCAUGGCCUAUGCUGACCUAUUGGUGGGUGUGAGCUGCCUGGUGCCUUCUUUGUCUCUGCUGCACUACCGCAUUGCCUUCCUGGAUGAGUCCCUGGUCUGCAAGAUCUUUGGUUAUGUGGUUUCGGUGCUCAAGAGUGUCUCCAUGACCUCCCUGGCUUGCAUCAGUGUCGACAGGUACAUCGCCAUUACAAAGCCACUAACUUACAAUACUCUCGUUACCCCCUGGAGGCUUCGGGUCUGCAUCCUGCUCAUCUGGUUGUACUCAGGCGCUGUAUUCCUGCCCGCCUUUUUCCAGUGGGGGAAGCCGGGCUACCAUGGGGAUGUUUUUGAGUGGUGUGCCAACUUCUGGAAAACCGAUGCUUAUUUCACCCUUUUCAUUGUCAUCAUGCUCUAUGCGCCAGCUGCCUUCGUGGUCUGUUUCACGUAUUUCAGCAUCUUCCGCAUCUGCCAGCAGCACACCAAGGAGAUCAACGAGAGAAGAGUCCGGUUUAGCUCUCAGGAUGGGGAGGCAGCUGAGGCCCAGCCAUGCCCAGACAAACGCUAUGCCAUGGUUCUCUUGCGCAUCACCAGUGUCUUCUACAUUCUCUGGCUUCCCUACAUCAUUUAUUUCCUCUUGGAGAGUUCAGAAGUGUACCGCAACCGUGUGGCCUCCUUCUUGACCACCUGGCUUGCCAUCAGCAACAGCUUUUGCAACUGUGUCAUCUACAGCCUGUCCAACAGUGUCUUUCAAAAAGGGUUAAAACGCCUGUCUAGCGCAGUUUGCGCCUCUUGCACCAGGCACCGGGCAGCAAAGGAUUCCUCUGCAUCAAGGAGCAAAAGACCUUCCAAUGGAUGUAAUGUCUAA